UCCACCGGCACUACCGCUGCGAGUGGCCGCUCCCGCAGUUGCUGCUCUCCGCCUUCCCCAUCCACAACGAGACCCUCUCUCUGGCUCUGCCAUCCACGACCACAACAAAACACUGGAAUUCGCUUGGAAGGCCUCAACAGAAAUUGUGGGGGACGGGGGUAGUUGCGUCAAAACACACGUUUGGACCGAACCGAGCGUGAUUGCGUGAAGUCCACUGCGGCCCGUCUGAUGCAAAGAAAGCAGCCCUGUUUCUUGAUCUGCUCCUGCUGAUUCUUCCUUGAACCGGGACUCCCAGGCGGAGCCCCUCAGUCUCCAUGGUGGAGGCAGCAGAAGGCAGCAGACUGCUGUUGCAAGAAGAGGGCGGAGGGGGAGAUCGAGAACGGCUCCUCCUCCUUCCACAGGAUGCUGAUCUCAUCACAGGUGAUGGAUCUGUUGAUAUAAAAGGGCGUCCUGCCCCAAAGCACACCACAGGCAAUUGGAGAGCAUGCUUUUCCAUUCUAGUAUUUUAUCUUUUUUGACAGGCAAUGAAUUUUGUGAGAGACUGGCCUACUAUGGAAUUGCAAGAAACCUAGUUACUUAUCUGAAAGUAAAGCUUCAUCUAGGCAAUCUUGAAGCUGCAAGAAACGUUACCACUUGGCAAGGGACAUGCUAUCUCACUCCCCUUAUUGGAGCCAUCUUAGCAGAUUCUUACUGGGGAAAGUACUGGACUAUUGCUGUUUUCUCAUCAAUUUAUUUUAUUGGCCUAGCUAUUUUAACGCUAUCAGCAUCAGUUCCAGCACUGCAGCCACCUACAUGUCUAGGAACUGUUUGCCCCCAAGCAAGCUUACUUCAGUAUGGCGUAUUUUUCAUUGGCCUCUAUAUGAUGGCCCUAGGGACCGGAGGCAUCAAACCUUGUGUCUCCUCCUUUGGAGCUGAUCAAUUUGAUGACAGUGACCCAGUAGAGAGAGCAAAGAAGACUUCCUUCUUCAAUUGGUUCUACUUCUGUAUAAGUAUGGGAUCAUUCAUCUCAGGCACUAUCAUAGUGUGGAUACAAGAUAACUCUGGUUGGGGGAUAGGAUUUGCCAUUCCUACUAUAUCUAUGGCACUAGCUAUUGGAUGCUUCUUUGCAGCCUCAAAUAUUUAUCGAUACCAGAAACCGGGUGGGAGCCCACUCACAAGAGUGUGUCAGGUGGUUGUAGCAGCAUUCCAUAAGCAUCAUGCCGAAUUGCCAAAUGAUAUGUCUCUUCUAUACGAAGUUGAUGGCCAAACUUCAGCCAUUGAGGGAAGCCGGAAGCUGGAGCACACAAAUGAACUCAAGUUCCUCGAUCGAGCUGCCAUUAUCUCAUCUGCUGAUGUGAAGAGUGAAUCUUCUACAGACCCAUGGAAGCUUUGCACAGUUACCCAGGUGGAAGAACUGAAGAUCCUUGUAAGAAUGUUUCCCAUCUGGGCCACCACUAUCAUAUUCAGUGCUGUGUAUGCCCAAAACUCUUCCCUGUUUGUAGAGCAGGGCAUGGUUCUUGACAAGCGGGUUGGACCUUUCAACAUUCCACCUGCAUCCCUCUCAACUUUCGAUGUUAUCAGUGUCAUCAUCUGGAUUCCACUUUAUGACCGCAUUCUUGUGCCAAUAGCUAGAAAGUUCACGGGAAAGGAGAAGGGUUUUUCUGAGCUACAGCGGAUUGGAAUUGGAUUGGUCCUAUCCAUUCUCGCGAUGGUAUCUGCAGCUCUUGUUGAGUUGAAGCGUUUAGAGGUUGCUAGGUCUGAAGGUCUUAUUCAUGAGAAGGUUGAUGUUCCGAUGAGCAUUCUUUGGCAAAUACCACAGUAUUUCUUGGUUGGUGCUGCUGAGGUAUUCACUGCUAUAGGCCAAGUUGACUUCUUCUACGAUCAGGGUCCAGAUGCCAUGAGGAGUUUAUGUAGUGCAUUCGCGCUUGUUACAGUUUCACUGGGGGACUAUGUAAGCUCAAUCAUACUGACGCUGGUUUCAUACAUUACAACUCAAGGAGGAGAUCCUGGAUGGAUACCUGAUAACCUGAACGAAGGCCAUCUCGACCGGUUCUUUUGGUUGAUUGCAGGGAUAAGCUUUGUUAAUUUUGUGCUUUUUGUUGGUUGUGCUUCAAGAUACAGAUAUAAGAAAGCCCAGUAACUAUAUUACAAUGUAUAGUCAGUUACUGUAAUUUAGUUUCACAUUCAUCAAAUGCAAUGGAUUGUGCAGAUAAUCAGCAUCUUCAUCUAGGUUCCCAUUUGUGGCCGCAUUCUCAUCCCAAUAGCUAGAAAAAUCAAUGGAAAGGAAAAUAGGUUUUCUGAGCUACAGCGGAUGGGAACUGGAUUAGUCCUGUCCAUUCUUGCACUGGUAUCUGCAGCUCUUGUUGAAUUGAAGUGUUUAGAUAUUGCCAGAUCUGAAGGUCCUAUACAUGAGAAGGCUUCCAAUGAGCAUUCUUUGGCAAAUAGCACAGUAUUUCUUGGUCGGUGCAUCUGAGGUGUUUACUUCUAUAGGCCAAGUCGAGUUCUUCUACGAUCAGGUCCCAGAUGCUAUGAGGAGUUUAUUUAGCGCAUUUGCACCUGUAACAGUCUCACUGGGAAGCUAUGUAAGCUCGAUCCCUGACUACCUGAAUGAAGGCCAUCUCGACCGGUUCUUUUGGUUGAUUGCAGGGAUAAACUUUGUGAAUUUGAUGGUUUACAUUGGUUGUGAUGUGAGAUACGGAUAUAAGAAAGCCUCAUAAUCGUAUUUACAUGAAGUUCUUAGAGUAA